GGGAACCUAGGCAUCCUCUAUACAAUGCAAGGCAAGCUAGUAGAGGCGGAGGUGAUGUACACUUGGGCGCUGCAAGGCUAUAAGGAGGCACUUAGUCCUGAACUUUUACUGGUUCAUUUACCAGCAUUAAAUACUAUGUGGGGGUUUGGCGAUCUCUUCUCACAGACAGGUCGAAAAGAGAUGGCGAAGACACCAGUCCCAGCCAUACCACUUCUCACUAUGUCUGAUCAUAUCAGAACUCGCGUGUUGGCCGGCAUUACUGUCUCCGACACACCUCUUAUCACCAAGGCCCUUGCCUACGCUCGCAAACACCUUAACGACAGUGCCUACAACCACGUCGUACGAUCUUGGCUAUUCGGCCAUGUCAUUGCUUCCCAGAUCCCCGACUUUCAGAAGCACGACGAAGAGCUCCACGCCAUUGCCGCCAUUCUACACGAUUUGGGAUGGGACAAAACUGACGAGCUCGUCUCCAAGGACAAGAGGUUUGAGAUUGACGGUGCAAACGCUGCCCGUGACUUCAUCGCUCGAGAAGGAGAGAUGAAGGAUUGGGACAAUCACCGUCUUCAGUUGGCAUGGGAUGCCAUUGCUUUGCAUACUACCGGCUCAAUUGCACUGCACAAAGAAAUUGAGGUGCGAAUUUGUUGUAUUGGGAUCAUUACCGACUUUACAGGCCCCGAAAUGAGUCCUGGCGGUGUGUUGACGAGGGGCGUAUGGGAUGCCAUUGUUGAACAGUUUCCAAGACCUGGAUUCGCGAAAGAUGUGGUCGAUACUCUUUGUGGGAUUUGUCGGAACAAGCCUGAGACCACCUAUGAUAAUUUCGUGGCGGAUUUUGGGUUAGCAUAUGUGGAGGGGUACAAUUUGAAGGGGAACAGACUCGUUGAUAUUUUGGAAGCUGCUGAGUAG